AUGGGGAUUCGUAGUCUAAUUCAGAGGAUGCAUCUUGAGUGGCGGUCAGACAGCUCUUCACUGACUGCCUUUCACUACGACCCAUUACCUGAACCCAAGAACUACAUACGACUCCUCGAACUCCUUCCUAGCAAUGACGGAGUAAUCUCCUGCCGCCUCACUCAAUGGCUUGUCUCUGAGGCGCCGUUGUACUGUGCCAUCUCAUACACCUGGGGAGACACUCUCGACACGACUCGUAUCCACGUCAACGGCCAAGAAGUAAUUGUCCGAAAGAACUGCGAGUACGCCCUGCGCCAAGCCCAGGGGCAACGAGGUGAUCGAUAUCUCUGGGUCGAUUCCAUCUGCAUAAAUCAAACCGACGACGAUGAAAAAGGCCACCAGGUUGCCAUGAUGGGCGAUAUCUUCAGCAGAGCCACGUCCGGGCUUGCGUUGGCCCGCACGACGGCGAGAGCGAAUGGCUGUUGGCUUUCUGCAGACGACAUGCCCGAUUUCUAG